AUCCAGCUUGUCAAUUUCUCGAGUGUGUAGAUUUCAAGAAUGAAUUCCAAAAUCCAACGUAAAGUUCUUGCAGCUCAGUCCAAGAAGAAGCGGUCCAAGCCGUUGAAAGGCAAAAUGAAGCCAGAUGAUGGUAAAGCUAAGGGCAAUAAAAGUGGUAGCGUGUCGAGCUACAAUGAUGAUGAAUACGAGGUCGAUGAGAAUUCUGACGAUGAAGAGCAAGAAGAUCCGAACGAUUACUGCAAAGGUGGAUAUCAUCCAGUACAGUUGGGUGAUCUCUUCAAUAACAGAUACAGUGUGAUAAGAAAGCUCGGAUGGGGACAUUUUUCCACAGUAUGGCUUGCAUGGGACACAAGUGAUCAAAAGUUUGUAGCUCUAAAGAUCGUAAAAAGUGCCUCCCACUACACAGAGACAGCUAUAGAUGAAAUGAAACUUCUUCGAACAGUUCAUACCGCAGACGUUAAUCAUCCUGGUCAUAAACAUGUUGUGCAGCUGACAGAUGACUUUAAAAUUGUUGGUAUAAAUGGGUCACAUAUAUGUAUGGUGUUUGAAGUAUUAGGUCACAAUUUGUUAAAACUAAUUAUCAAGUCCAGUUACAGGGGAAUCCCCAUUAGCAUAGUGAAGAGUAUUAUAUGUCAGACUCUCAAGGGUCUUGAUUAUCUACACACCAAGUGUAAAAUCAUCCACACAGACAUCAAACCAGAGAAUAUUCUACUAUGUAUCAGUGAGAGACAAAUCCAACAGUUAGCAGCAGAAGCYGUCAUGGCAAAAGAUACUGGAAUCUACUCACCAGCACUAAUAAGCACAGCACCAGCAUCUGUCAUGCAGCAAUCAUGUGAAACAAAAAUAUCUAAAAAUAAAAAGAAGAAAAUGAAGAAAAAAUUAAAAAAGCAAAUCGAAAAACAAAAGUUACAGCAAGAUGAGAUAGAACAGUGCAUGCUACAGGAAUGUGAAGAGGAUUGUGAAGCAGACUGCGAAGAAACAAGUACCACAGAAAAUGUCAGAGAUGAAUGUGUUGAGGAAUCGUCUAAAGAACUUUGUCAGCUUCAGAAUGAAUCAGAGAUGAAUUCUGAUAAUGAAGCGCCAAGUGAACUAAAUAAUGAACUUGAGGAAGAGUUCAUUGAAGAACUGAGUAGUAAAAUGCUACAAGAACAGUGUGUGGUGUCUGAUGAAGAUGAAAAACAACAACAACAACAACAAAACAAACUUAACACAGAAAUAGAAAAACCCUCAAUUAAUGGUGAUGACAAUAGUUCUGAUCUGAUGGAAGAAGAGCCUCCGUUAGACCAAAAAGCAUCCAUUUCUCCGUAUCACGAAAGUACCGAAGGGGACCAAGAGGAAGUUGAUUUUGAUGAAGAUGAUAUUAGAGUUAAGAUUGCUGAUCUUGGGAAUGCAUGCUGGACGCAUCAUCAUUUUACUGAGGAAAUACAAACUCGCCAGUAUCGCUGCCUGGAAGUAUUAAUUGGUGCUAAAUAUGGACCGCCAUCUGAUAUAUGGAGUACUGCAUGUAUGGCAUUUGAAUUGGCAACAGGAGACUUUUUAUUUGAACCUCAUUCAGGAGAGGACUAUUCAAGAGAUGAAGAUCAUCUGGCACAUAUCAUCGAACUUAUUGGAAGAAURCCAAAACAUAUCGCUUUGUCUGGAAAAUACUCCAAAGAUUUCUUUAAUAAGAAAGGUGAACUCAAACAUAUAACUAAGCUAAGACCUUGGGGCUUGUAUGAAGUCCUCACCGAGAAAUAUGAAUGGCCACAUAAAGAAGCCGAAGAAUUAAAGUCUUUUCUUCAGCCCAUGUUAGACUACAACACAGAAAGAAGAGCUACAGCUAAGCAAUGUUUAGAACAUCCAUGGCUACGAGAUGUUCAGUAAACAUCGUGAUAGAAUCGCAUAGUAUUCAAGACUGCAAGCUUACAGCAUGCUGUUGAAUGACUUAUCGCAUCGGCCACUAUUGCAGCUUGACGUUAAAGAGUCCAAAGUUUGAAAGACAACGUAGACGGGUAACAAUAAAUGAUAGCGUUUGCAACAUCAUUUCAUCAGCUACUUCAAAAAACUUUGAAGGGGUGAACGGCGAUCGGUAACAAGCGAUAGUGGAUUAGCGAUAGGAGAUUCCAAGRUCAUUCCGAGAUCCAAGAAUAGCUGGAACUACUGAUGUUCCUUUUUAUUUUUCUUAUAGAUAUAACACAGGUUAUUGUAGAGAUAUUUAGUGUUGUUUGUAGUCGACGAAAACAUUUUAAACACCUCAAAUAUUAGUGUCGAGAUGUAUGCCCUCCUUUCGGUCGUGCAAUCGCCAAACACCGAUCGCCAUUCGCUGUUCGCGCCCUCAACCUUUUUGGAAAUAGGUUUAUGUAAAAUGAGAGUGGCGAUUCGUCAAUGUGAGCAAAAAGACAGCAUAGAGCUAUAUGCUUAUAUCUUGAUGACGUUCACAGAGCUUGCAACAGAGCCUUCUCAAAAUUAACUUGAGGCUAGCAUGAAAAUACGAAUAAAGAAAUCACACUUUUCUCGAUGCUUUUUCCAUAUUAGCCUCACAUCUCACAUUCAAGGUGAUUUUGAAAAAGGUUCAUAACCAUGGUGACGGUAGUGCCACGUGUUAUCCAUUGAUUGAAUGCAAGAUUACUUACGUCAAUAGCUUUUCACAUGAUAACUGUAACAGUAGAGCUUAGGCCCCGUCCACACGUAUCCGGAUAUUUUUGAAUCCGCUACUUUUUUGUUGCGGAUUGGCCUUCCGUUCACACGUAUCCGGCGAAUACGGUAUACGAAUCCGUAACUUUUUGAAUACGGUCUCCAGAGUGGAAAUUUUUGAAUACGGUGUGAAUCCGGUGUCUUGUGGACGGUCGAAUCCGUAUAUUUUUGAGUACGCUGACGCAAACAAACGAAAAUGGCGACAAUCUUUAGUGCGGGCUCUUGGUCAUGUUUAAGUGCGCAUGCUCUGUUAACCUAAGAUUUUGAAAUCCGGAUACGUAUUGGAUACGUGUGGACGGUCUAAAACGAUUCGAAAACGCUGUGUAGACGCAAAGUUUUUUAAAUCCGCAACAAAAAAGGUGCGGAUUCAAAAAUAUCCGGAUACGUGGGACGAGGCCUUAGUCAUAUUGACUUAAAUUGAAGGUGUUUUUUCUCA